UGUUAUAAUGUAUUACUUGAGGAAAAGAGGCAAGUAUGGCCCCCACAAUAAGACCAGGUUUACUACAACAGAUUGUUUGUUCAAGACUAGGAUUGAACAAAUUUAUGAAAAGUUCCAAAAUUCUCCUCCAGAAAAGAAGUUUUCUGUUGUCAAACCCCAGGACGUUGUAGCAAAAUAUAUAUUGGGGUAUAGACUACUCGCAAAUGUUGCAUGGGAUCAAGUUGAUUAUGUCAUCAUGCCCGUCAACAUUGUAGAAAAAUUUCACUGGUUGUUGGUUGUUUUUGACAUUGCAGACAUGCAACUUUAUGUGUAUGAUUCCAUGGUCUCUUCACGCAAUCAUCCUAUUGUUGAAUCUUGUGUCGACAAGUUUUCUGUUAUUAUCCCUUUGUAUUUGUCAUGCACCGAUUUUUAUGGGAAGCGUAAAGACAUCAACUUCAAGAAUACAAAGGCAUACAUUGAGAAAGCUGUUACCGACCCUCUUAACAUUCAGUGGAUCGUCGGAGAGAUACCACAGCAAAAAGAAGGAUCACUCGAUUGUGGUGUAUUUGUUGCUGCCUUUGCAGAGUAUGUUAGUCUUGGAGACUUAUCAAUUCCCGAGGAAGACCUUUCUGAUAUUGACCAACAUCGUAGACGCUAUGGAGCGCUACUUUGGGACUAUGCUAGAAAGAAGCAAAAACAUGGGGUAAUUAGUGAUAGUGAGAUGACGGGCAAAUUGGCAAGGAGAAAAGGUGCAGCAGCUUUGAAUGAGAAAACACGAGUCCAGAGGAAGAAGAAGUAGUUGUAAUGUUUUGUAUGGAACAUGUAGUACAAUUGUUUAGUUGAUGCUAGUUGAGAAGAAAGAUGGUAGACAAGUUUUUGAACAAUAUUGUUGUGUUUUAAUUGUAGCAGACUUGCGCUACAAUUAUAGUAGCCUUUG